AUGGUAACCCUAGCGGAUCACCACAAACAGCAACCAUCCGACGGUCCUUCGCCGGGAGCCGCCGACCGGUACCCUCGCUGGGUUUUGUUCGAGGACCACAGGAGAUGCGAGAAUCCCGAUGCCGAGACCGUGGCGCACGCUCGCACCUACGGAGGCCGCCCCGUCAGCCUCUCCUUUGGCCUCGCCCCGCCGCCGGCAAUGUCGCGCCUGCGCGUCGAGGUCGACGGGUUCUACAUCCAUCCGAGGAUCAUCGCGGCCCAUCGGGACUCCGUCCUCGUACAAAUCACAGCACCGAAACUAGGAGCCUACGUCUGUGAUGACCGGAACUACUUCAUCUAUUGUGCCGGUGAUGCCGCAGCGGACCCAUCCCGGCCGCCGUCGCUGUCGCUUCUGCCCCCUUGCUACCUUGAACGAGGCACCGCGCUCCUGCGCCGCGGCCAGGACGAGGUGCUUGUGGCGACGCUGAAUCUCCCUGUUAAGGACCAAGAGUCGCCAAUCGAGGCCGAGCUCUGCAUGCUCCGAUCCGGCGAGCGGCCGGAGUGGCAUCUCAAGCGGCUUCCGGUCAUUCACGACGAGGACAAGCUGCAAGAGGUUUCCAUCUGGGACACCGACAUGGUCAUCCCCGUCGGCGAUCGGUUCUUAUUCUGGGUAGACUACUACCGCGGCAUCAUCUACGCCGACGUCUGGGAGGACACGCCAGAGCUGCGUUACGUGUCCCUUCCCGUGAAGCCCAACCUCAGUAGAUACCACAAGCACGGGCGCGAUGGGUCGUCCUACCGGAGCGUAGGCGCCACCGACUGCGGCGGCACGGUCAGGUUCGUCGAGGUGUUCUCACGCUGCUGUUGCGGCGGCCAUGGCACCACCUCCUGCGCUCGCUCAAGCUACGCCUUCAACAUAACCACGUGGGCGCUGAGGAUGGACGACAUGACGACAUGGGACAAGGUGGGCAUCGUCGACUGCGACGAGCUAUGGUCCCUCCCCGGCUACCACGGCGUCCUCCCGCGCAUCAAGCCGCAGUAUCCCACCAUCAGCCUGGACGACCCUGACGUGCUCUGCUUCAUGGUGCGAAAGUACCCCUACGAUAUGGAAGACGUGGACGGCGACCUUGCGAUACGGGUGAUCAAGUUCGACACUAGGCUCAUGGAGCUGCGGUCCGUCUUCUGCUUCGAACAUCAAUCCCACAGACCCGUUUACUUCCCCUCCGCCAUUUCCCGAUACUUCGACGCCUCCUCCUCUCGCAGCCGUACCCUGGCCACGGCAAAGCACCAUCAACAAGGACCGAGAUCAAUUAAACAGAGCUUACCGAAGGUGGCAGCAAAGGCUUCACCCGGAGAGAUGUUGAUGGCGCUUCGAGAGAUACCUGACUUGGCGCGUGAUGACAUGCUAAGAACAUAUAACCUUCUUGUGUGUGAUGAGAGCCAAUUCAAGUUCGAAUCUCUUUUGGCGCUUCCAAUGGACAUGAGAAAGGAUUACUGCCUGUUGCUCUGUGGGAAACUAGAUGAAACCCCGUAAACCUUUUAUCUACCGAUCUCAUCUUUGACAAUGAUUUUGUUGC